GUGGCCGUGACAGAACAUGGCAGUACAUGGGUAGUUUUGGUAUCAAUCAAAAUGAUAGAAUGUAAAAAUCAAACUGAUUGGAUAAAUGGAUUGUCUGGCAACUUCGUGUAUGUAAACUGUCGCGUGCGCUGUUGAGUCGGCGCUGAAGGAAAGAGGAGGGCCUUGAAGACAGUGUUUUUAUUUAUUUCUUUGUUUCCAGUGGAAAAACAGCAACACAGACAGCUACACUGCUCGAAAUCCUUUCUUACUAGUUCCACUCAAAGAAGAAAGAAAACUGGAAAAUAUAGCAGUUAGAAUUAAAAAGCCAAAGCGAAGGAGGGGAGGAUGAAGCGGCGCAAUGCGGACUGCAGCAAACUCCGACGGCCGUUAAAACGGAACCGAAUCACCGAGGGUAUAUACGGCAGUACGUUCCUGUACUUGAAGUUCCUGGUGGUGUGGGGUCUGGUGCUGCUGGCAGACUUUGUGCUGGACUUCCGGUUCGAGUACCUGUGGCCCUUCUGGCUGUUCAUCCGGAGUGUCUACGACUCCUUUCGCUACCAGGGCCUGGCGUUUUCAGUGUUCUUUGUGUGUGUGGCGUUUACAUCAGACAUCAUCUGCCUGCUGUUCAUCCCUGUGCAGUGGCUCUUUUUCGCAGCCAGCACCUACGUCUGGGUCCAGUACGUCUGGCAUACAGAAAGAGGAGUAUGUCUCCCAACAGUAUCGCUAUGGAUACUCUUUGUAUAUAUCGAGGCAGCUAUCAGAUUCAAAGAUCUGAAAAACUUUCAUGUGGACUUGUGCCGUCCAUUCGCAGCACACUGUAUUGGCUACCCGGUGGUGACGCUGGGCUUUGGCUUCAAGAGCUACGUGAGCUACAAGAUGCGGGUGCGCAAGCAGAAGGAGGUGCAGAAGGAGAACGAGUUCUACAUGCAGCUCCUACAGCAGGCCCUGCCGCCCGAACAGCAGCUGCUGCAGCGCGAGCAGAGGGAGAGGGAGGCUGAGGAAGCCGCAGCAGCCAAAGGGAUUUCAGAGGACUCCCAGCAGCCCACCGCAGUGUCCCAGAACGGAGGCCCUGCGUCGGGCAAGAAGCAGUCAUCGUCGGGGCAGCUUCCAGAGCUGGAGUACCGGGAGAAGGGACGCAAGGGAGGUGGUGGUGGUGGUGGCCGGGGAGGGGGGUCGGGGUCGGGGGGCAGUAGCAACAAUAACAGCAGCAGCCAACAGGGCGGCGACAGCAAAGAGCAGGAGUACAUGGAGACGCAGCAGCCCAACGGCGGCAGCAAGAGACUGAGCCACAGCGACAGCACGGAGAACCUGCUGCUGAAAGGAGAGGAGAACAACUCCUCCUCGUCCUGCUGCUCCUCCUCCUCCUCCUCCUCCUCAUCAAAUUCCUCCUCCUCCAACAACAACUGUAACACCAAGAACCAGAAGAACGCCAGCGCGGGCAACUCCUCGCCCCGCGGGAACGGCACGGCCAACGGGAGCGUGCCGACGUCCUCCUCAGCCCAGCAGCAGCAGCAGCAGCAGCAGCAGCAGCAGCAGCAGGCCUCCUCGGGCAAGGGCGACAAGAAGCAGAGGAGCGGCGGAGGGGGCAAAGGGGGCUCGGGGUCGGGACACGGCAAAGAGAACCAGCUGGACAACUACAUCCCCAACAACCAGCUCAGCAAACCCGAGGCACUGCUGAGGUUGGAGCAGGAUGUGAAGCGUCUGAAGGCAGAGCUGCAGGCCAGCCGGCAGGUGGAGCAGGACCUGCGCAGCCAGCUGGGCUCCUUGGGCAGCGCCGAGAGGAGCGUGCGCUCCGAGCUCGGACAGCUACGCCAGGAGAACGAGCUCCUACAGAACAAGCUGCACAGUGCGGUGCAGGGCAAGCAGAAGGAGCGGCAGGCUCUGGGCUCACUGGAGCGGCGUCUGAAGGCGGAGCAGGAGGCGCGGGCAGCGGCCGAGAAGCAGCUGGCUGAUGAGAGGAAGAGGAAGAAGCUGGAGGAGGCCACCGCAGCACGCGCUGUAGCCCUCGCCGCCGCAACACGAGGGGAGUGUACAGACUCCUUGCGUAGGAGGAUCUCUGAGCUUGAGUCGGAGUGCAAGAAGCUCAGCAAAGACCUGAAGCACAAGGAGGAGCAGAUUCACCAGCUGGAACUCACAGUACAGGAGCUGCAUAAGUAUAAGGAGAAUGAGAAGGACACAGAGGUGCUGAUGUCGGCGCUGUCGGCGAUGCAGGAGAAAACGCAGCACCUGGAGAACAGCCUCAGCGCCGAGACACGCAUCAAACUAGACCUCUUCUCAGCCCUGGGCGACGCCAAGAGGCAGCUGGAGAUCGCACAAGGCCAGAUCUUGCAGAAGGAGCAGGAGAUUGCAGACCUGAAGCAGAAGAUAGCAGAGGUGAUGGCGGUGAUGCCCAGCCUGGCGUACUCGGCGGACAGCAGCGGCCUGAGCCCUGUGGCGCCCCACUCCUACUCCUCCAAGUUCAUGGACACCACCGCCCCCUCCGGCCUCGACCCCAACGCCUCAGUCUACCAGCCGCUCAAGAAGUGACCUCCCUCCAGUCCCUCCCUCAAUUCCACCUACCCUCCAUCCCUCCUCCAGUUUUUCUUUAUGUCUUUUCUCUUUCUCUCUUUCUUUUUGUCUCUCUUUCUGCCCGUCAUUUUUUUUCUCUCUUCUUUCUGCCUCCUCCACUAUGGAGGACGAAGAGGGGGGCCCAGAACUGGUGGGACUCUGCAUGUCUGCGGCUUUACAAUGUUUUCUCUCUCUCUCGCUCUCUCUCGCUCCCUCCCUCUCUCUCUCUCUCUCUCUCUCUCUCUCUCUCUCUCUCUCUCUCUCUCUCUCUCUCUCGCUCCCUCCCUCUCUCUCUCUCCACCACUAACCUUUCUUUCUUUUUUUUUUUUUUAUCCAUGGCACUUCCUCCUCUCUCCCUACCCCCGCCCACCCCUGGCCGGCGCUGCAGAAGGAUGUCGUCUUGUGUGACUGUAUUUGUCGUAGUAAAAAAAGAAAAAAAUCUCAAAGGACAAAAAAAGCGAUUUCAAGAGAUUGUCAAAGUAGGAAGAUAUUUUUUUGUUUUCUUGUUCCAAGUAUGGAAACCUCACAGAAACCAUGUCUCACCUCUUCAUUGAAAAGCAUAAGGAAAGGAAAGGAUUACCCCUCUUAACGCAGUUUGUCCUCAACAUCUGUCACAUCCAUUGUUUCUGGAGUUUAGCUGUAUAGGUUGGCUAGGAUUUUAGAUUAGUGUGUGUGCGUGGGGGGUGUCCAUCCAUCUCCAACAUUCGUAUUCUACUGCAAUGCUGGGCCUGGAUCUACAGAUGUCAUCGGCAAAAACAAGAAAAAAAACGAAUGUCACCACUGGUGGCAACAGAGGAAUGUAUUAAAAUUAUGAACUCACUCCUUGGUAGAAGUUCAAAGCUUGUGUCGUCUUUGAAUCCCAGAAACGGCAACCCUCCCCCCUCUCACUUACCUGACGAUGAGGGUGUGGCCAUGUGAAUUCUGUCAGCUGUCUUGGUGGUGGUCUAUAGUCAAUGUGAAGCUAAAAUGACAAAUGCUCCUGAAUUUAAGGAAGCCAACACCAAAAACAGGACACAUUUUCUGUUUGAAAAUUUGCAUAAACUUUGAUGCCCCUUGUUUUACUUUGUUGUUUUGUUUUGCUUCAUAAGCUUCUACCCAUAAUGUGCUCCCUAGCACACCCUCCCCCUAAAUGAGAACUGAUCAGUGCCUUGAGACAGUAGCUCAUCGGUGGACUGUCCAGACGCCCUUUGCUUCAGCCAUGGUGGUCAGUGUUGGGUUGCAUUCGCCACAUCGAGCAGCAGUGGGCCAUCUCUAGCGUUAAGACUUGGGCAGGUGUGAAGAAGUAACCAACGUGUGUUAGUCAGCCGCUAGAGGAGUAGAACGAGAACUGGCGUCUAUACUACAAAGCUGGUUCAGGAGUAAAACAGGUUAAGUUAAGAGGUAAAUCAUCUAAUAGAAGAGCCUGGAAUCCUGUACUCACAAACAUCAACAGACUGAAGACUUUGGUUGGUCGCUUGCCAGAACUAGGGUGCUGCUGCAGCAGUUUGUUUUGUUGCUGGGCGUUGUAGCAGUUGUCAUGGCAAUGCGACCUGCGCAAGGUCUUCAGGCUGGGUGAGUCGGAGUCCUCGUGUGCUCCUGUUUGUGUUUACUGACCUCCUUGCCAACGUUUCUAGCCUGCUGUGUGUCUAGUCUAGGCUAGAGAUGGUGCAGCCCUGAUGGAGGUUAGUAAUGCUCUGCCCCCUAGCAGUGUCAAUGUGUAACAGUCCAACAGGAACCCAAUCAGAUGUAAACCUCUCUGCUGCCACGACAAUUAACACUCCUGAUCAGAGUAAGCCGCAUGGCUAACUUCACUCAAGCUGAUAUCACUUCAUGACUUCAUAACAUUUCAUAAUUCUUGUUACUCCGUAACUUCCUCUUUUUCUUAAUAGAAAGGACAUGGCCCACAGUUUGCUGGCCUGCAACGUGGUGUAGUAGUUCUGUUACCUAUUCUGUUUCCAAAUGACAGUGUUGUUGGCCACAUUGUCCUUUGCUAUGAAAGAGCCCAGUUGUGUCUUUCAUUAGAGGCUAAGUUCUUUUGAAAGGACUGAUUCCGGCGCAUUCUACCUGAGCAGCAGAAGGGUCAGUCAGAUGACUCGUGUUUUUAUGUUCUGCUGUGUUUGGAGUCUUGACAGUGCAUCGCUGAUCCUAUUUAACUUUUUUGCAGGAAUGUCACAGUAUUCUCAUUUUUUGUUGCUCAAAACAAGUGAAAAGUAUUAGAAAUGUUGAGGCCACAAAGUUUACCUGUUCUACUUUAAUGUUUAUGAGACCCCUCACGCAGGGCUUAGAUCGAUUAAUGGAUUUCUGUGGUUUUUUGCUGUCAUUUCAUGUGGUUGGUUCUUCUGAGUGUUUACGUGGUAUGCUGGACAGAUUUUUUGUUUUUGUUUUUAAAGUGCAGAAGACAAUGCCUCCUGCUGUUUGGCAAAAAAAAAGAAUGGGGAAAAAAGGUCAGUCCACUUUGAACGUUUAAUGGAAAAACAUUUUUGUUUUCAGUUUUGUUUUUCCUUUUGCCCUUGGUCGCUUCACUCUUCCUCCAGUCUGGAUCACAGUUGCGAUCUCCUUUCUGUGAGGUUUUCAAGGGAUUAAAGAAGGGUUUUCUUGCA